AGUAUCUAGAAUUACCCAUUACUACUCAUGCAUGUAAGCAUACAAGUCACUAUCUUCUUAUUUCAGUACAUAUAUCGUGUGUUAUAGGUUAUUUCAUUAAGAGAUUAGUUCAAAGCUAGCACUAGGGCCCUGUUUAUCAACAACCGACAAGCUCAGAACAACGAGGAAUUUAUAAAACCAUUUACUAGAAAAGGAAGUAAGAUGAUGACAUAUUGGCGAAAUAUUGGACAUAAUAAUGGAGCCCGACCACUAGCAGUCCGGAUGUACUACAAAGAGGGGUGGAUGACGGUGAUUAUGAUUUAUUAACCUGAACAGGACGUUCUGACUGCUGGAGACGACUGGGGCCCUAAACACAUAUCCACUAAUCGAAUGUGACAGCACACGGACAGCUGUACAGUUUAUAACCUUUCAGGAACGGAAAGGGGGAAAAGCAUCGUCUUUCUUCCGGAAACCACAAACCAUAUCAUCACUCUGAUUUAACAAAGGUGAAACAAUCGACGCCUGUUGAUAGACAUCCGAAACCGUCAGUGUCGUAUUUCCUGUCUAAUUAACGGCCAUACAACGCAUCUGUGAACAACAGAUUUAGUGCUGACUCUCCGCGGAUGUGUAUUGGACGUAUUGGGGAUAAAUUUAUUAGAACACCAUUGCUUUAAAAAUCCAGAACAAUUUAUACAUUAUAGAAAUGACAGACGCAGGAAUCACUGGCGCUCACUGGUAUCGACAUCCCGUGUGACAUAGUGCUAUAUAAGCACGGUAGUAGCUAGUAUUAACCAUUCAACAGCAUGGAACUCCCUGGACCAACGUAACGGCGACACUACCUACAGUUAGUACUGAGUACCAGGACCAAGGAUAUUCACUUUAUGUAAUGGCGACUUCAACGGUAUACGACUGGGAAACACCGGACACAGCAUCAGUGGCCACUUGGCCGCUUCUGGACAUUUUUAACUUGACCCUUAACUCCGCCAAUCAGACUAAUGAUAGUAAUGUGACGUUGUCGACUACAGGCCGAAAGGUUUCCCCGGCAUCGACAGCCAUACAGUUUACCUUCGGAGUAAUCGGGAAUCUGUUGGCCAUAUUUGUACUUGUCAGAUCCGCUAAAAGUCACAAAUGGCGAGUGUUUUAUCGUCUUGUUGGUGCACUGGCUGUGACAGACUUAUUUGGAAUCGUGGCAACGUCCCCAGUGGCUUUUAUUGUUUAUGCUAACAAUCUUAAAUGGGUAGGAGGCCAACCCCUGUGUGACUACCUCUCCUUCAUGCUCAUAUUUGCUGGACUGGCCACUGUGUUUAUUGUAGCAGCCAUGUCGCUUGACCGUUUCGUGGCCGUGUGGUUUCCUUAUUCCUACAAUGUCACUAUGAAGAAGGCGUAUCUGGUCAACCUAGCAGUAAUUAGUUUAUGGCUAGUGUCCAUCUCCAUCGCCUUCCUCCCUUUAAUUGGUCUCGGCCAAAAUGUUCUACAGUUCCCAGGUACCUGGUGCUUCUUUAACUUUUUUGGUACCGAUAUCGAAGACAAGUUUUUCGCCUACUUUUACGCCACAAUCGGAAUCAUAAUGAUAUUACUGACAGCCAUUCUGAACUCUUUAGUAAUUUUUAUGUUAGGUAAAGCAAACAGACAGAAUGGGUUGAGGCGGAAGGCGGCCAGUGUCGGGUCACGGAGUGGGCGGACGCGGCGGAAUGAUGUCUUUAUUAUGAUAUUUCUUGUGGUGUUGAUGGUCGUAUUCGCCACGUGUUGGACCCCACUAAUGGUGAGGGUGAUAAUCAACCAAAGUGCCGCCUUUCCUGUCGACUAUAGGUCCGAUCUGAUGGCUGUCCGACUGGCGUCAAUAAAUCAAAUCCUAGAUCCAUGGGUGUAUAUUCUUUUUCGUAAAGAAUUCCUUAGCAAACUGUUACAGUUUGGCAAACGACAUACUAGAUCCGGUCUGUUUCAUAGAUUGUCAAGCACUCGCUCCAGGACCGGAAGUGAGAGGAGCAUGACGGAUGAUGUGUUCGAGCAGCCAGCGACGGAUUGUGGAGAGAUUUUACUAGAAACGUCAGAAAAACAAGAAACUGUCAAAAGUAACGGUGUGAAUGGUGACAUUAAAGACAGUGCUGCUUAACUCUGUUGUUGAAUUUCCUCUUUUAGGCCCUAAUGGAAAUCGGCAUCCCUCUCAAAAAAUAUAAACAGAACAAAACGUAUCCAUAUUUUCUUGAGUUACCAUUUGAAGAUUCAGUGCUUCAUUGUAUACAACCUACUUGUAUUUUAAAAGCGUGCAAUAUAAUUAUUUCUGGCGAUACAAAGUGAGGAUGAGGUGAAUCGUGAAAAAUAAGGAUGACGAGGGGAAUCGUCUAAAAACUAAUGACGAGGUGAAUCGUGUACAACGUGAUGACGUAUGAUAGGUGACACGUGUACAAACUGAUGACGUAUGGUACGUGAAACGUGUACAAAUUGAUGACGUAUGAUAUGUGACACGUGUACAACGUGAUGACGUAUAAUAGGUGACACGUGUACAAACUGAUGACGUAUGGUAGGUGACACGUGUACAAAUUGAUGACGUAUGAUAGGUGACAUGUAUAAAAUGUGAUGACGAAUGAUAAGUGACACGUGUACAAAGUGAUGACGUAUAAUAGGUGACACGUGUACAAAGUGAUGACGUAUGAUAGGUGACACGUGUACAAAGUGAUGACGUAAGAUAGGUGACAUGUAUAGAAAGUGAUGGCGUAAGAUAGGUGACACGUGUACAAAGUGAUGACGUUCGAUAGGUGACACGUAUACGAAAUGAUGACGUAUGAUAGGUGUCACGUGCACAAACUGAUGACGUAUGGUAGAUGACACGUGUACGAAAUGAUGACGUAUGGUACGUGACACGUGUACAAAUUGAUGAUGGAUGAUAGGAAACACGUGUAGAAUAUGAUGACAGGGAUAGUUCAACCCGAAUGUAAGAUUUGAGAUAUCCUUAUUCGCGGAACAGACCCAUGUUUGAUUAUUUUUCUCACAUACUUGCAAGCAAAUGUAAGUUUUUAUGAAGGGUUUUAAUCGCACCAUCUUCAAUACUUCUUGGAAUGUGCGACAAAAUGUAUGACGUCAUCAUUUACGACUUGGUUACUCAACGUAAAAUGAUGACGUUAUGUUAUUGUGAGCAGCGUCAUAUAGCGCGUGUCGGCUGUCUUUGAUGGCGACACGAAAUUUCACGGUUGAGAAGAAAAUGUCUUAUGAAAAAUCAAUCAUUUACUUUUACAAUAUGUAAAAUAUAUAUAUUUAUAUAUUUAUGAAUUCCAAAUGUACAACAACAUAAAAUCUACAGAGACUUAUGUUUCCUACUGAAGACUUACUUUGUAUGUUUCAUGUCAACACUGCCCAGUAUGUAAACAUAGGGCGACCACUUAUCACAUACAAUGCCAUGAUAUAUUAAAGGAUAUAAUAACA